UGGACAGCCGCGUGCACACCGCUGGCGGUUUUGUAUAUCUUUAGUAAACAAUUAUUUCUUAUUUACACAGAAAGAUAUUCCAGGUUAAAAAUAAAGACUUUCCACUUAUAUUUGCCCCGUUGAGCAAAAAAAAAUUAAUGUUUCCGCAGAAUCAAUUUUAUCCUAAAUACAACCAAUCAUGGAAAAUUCCAGUUUUUUUUAAUUGAGAGAGGGGGUAUUUAAUAAUCUAUAUAUCUGUUUUUUCGGACAAAGGUGCGGGUACUGUUCGCUGUAAUUACGGGAUUGAACUAUAAUGAAGUGAUAAAAUAAUGGAUCGUCCAGGUUAGGUUUUUCGUUGUCGUCCGGACAAAGUCUCGCCUCACAGACAGUCUGACAGCUGACUCAGCUUGACAGCAGCUGAUGCAGCUGAUUGGCGAGGCAAAGGAGGAAGUUUCCACCUCCACCUCUUUAUGUGCUCUGCUCCAAAGUCUCAUAACACUUGAACCUAGCGAAAGAACGUGGUGAAAUCGAAGAACAAUAGAAAGGAUGGCGCCAACACUUAGCAAAUUUGUCGACAAAAGGACCGCUGCUGGUGCUCUGACUGUCACAGCAUUGAUCUGGUUCUUGAAAAGAAGGAGCAAAAAACGAUUCGUCAAAUCCAAAAAUGCCUGGCCUGCCAACGACAUCCACUAUGUCAUCAAAGAGGCUCUUGCUGCCCAUUCAGAUUCUACGAUAUCUUCCACCAAAGCUGGUCUAGCUUUUUCACCUACUUCCAAGUGUCGUUCUUUACUAAUAAGGCUUUCACUUGGAGCUUCCAAGUAUCAAAAUUUCAAUUUUCGAUCACAACUUACGAAGUUUGGGCCAAUAACCUGUUGUAACUUGAUGGAUCUUAUCGGAAUAUCGAAAAUAUUAAACAGGAUUAGUAACUGCGAUUUCUCCAUUAUUUUCAGGGGACUUACCUACUACAAAAUGACCAAUUUGGACACAAGAGUCGCAAAUCCGGAUCAACUGCUCACUACAGAUGUCGAUAAAUUUUGCGAGAGCUGCACAGAUCUCUACAGCAAUUUGGCCAAACCUCUCUUGGACAUUUCGAUUUAUGUCUACCGACUAACGUCAACGCUCGGUGGACGGACGCCUUUUCUUAUGCUCUCAUAUUUAGUAGUGGCUGGCGGAUUGUUGACGAAUUUGAGAAAGCCAAUAGCACAAUUAACUGUGAAAGAGCAACGAUUAGAAGGCGAAUAUCGACACAUUAAUUCGCGACUGAUCACGAAUUCAGAGGAAAUAGCCUUCUAUCAAGGAAACGGAAGGGAAAAAUUGACCCUUCUUGCUAGUUUCCACAAACUCGUGACACAUCUUCGAAAAUUCCUCGAGUUCCGAGUUGCCAUUGGGGUGGUGGACAAUUUCGUCGGAAAAUAUGUGGCAUCUGUGGUAGGAUUUUACGCAGUCAGUAUUCCUUUCCUUCAGAAGGACCAUCCGAUUCUCUCUGGAACGACUGAGCAUCGUUUCAAAUUUUACUACACCUACGGUCGCAUGUUAGUCAAACUGGCUGAAGCCAUUGGCAGGUUGAUUUUGGCAGGACGAGAGAUGACACGAUUGGCAGGAUUUACGGCGCGAAUGACCGAACUCAGGAAAGUUUUGAAUGAGUUGAAUGCUGGUAAAUAUGAGAGAACGAUGGUUGCGGAUUUCAAGUCGAGUUCGAUCGGACAACCUGGUGAUGGGAAAAUUGUCGCGAAGGACAAUAUAAUCCGUUUUGAUCGAGUUCCUCUCGUCACGCCGAAUGGAGAUGUUCUCAUUAAGGAAUUGUCGUUCGAGGUGAAAUCUGGAAUGAACGUUUUAGUGUGCGGGCCAAAUGGUUGCGGAAAAAGCUCUCUCUUCAGGGUCUUGGGAGAGCUCUGGCCUGUCUGGGGUGGCACUGUAACGAAACCACCCAGAGGAAAAUUAUUCUACAUUCCACAAAGACCGUACAUGACCCUGGGUACUUUGAGAGAUCAAGUUAUUUAUCCUCACACGCGAGCUGAGAUGCUGAGAAGAGGUAAUGCGAAUGAUGAAGAUUUGCUUAAGUUUUUGGAUUUGGUUCAGUUGGGUCACCUCAUAGAAAGGGAGAGUCAACCAACUAAUCAAGGUCUUGGUUGGGACACCGUCGCUGACUGGAUGGAUGUCCUUUCAGGGGGAGAAAAACAAAGAAUCGCGAUGGCGAGAUUGUUUUACCACAAACCGCAAUUUGCAAUUCUGGACGAGUGUACAAGUGCUGUGAGCGUUGACGUAGAAGAUUCUAUGUACUCAUAUUGUAAACAAGCAAAUAUUACUCUCUUCACUGUUUCACAUCGAAGGUCUCUUUGGAAACAUCACGAGUAUUAUCUCAGAAUGGAUGGACGAGGAGCAUUCGAUUUCAAGCCGAUCGACUCAGAGACACAAGAAUUUGGCUCUUGAAUAUUUAUAUCCCUUGCAUCAAGGGAUACAAAUUAGAAAGAAAGAUACAUUAUAAAUGACAAGAAGAAGUCAAGUUUGAAAUUGUAUAAAAAAAUGCUCGGUUGAGGACAAUGAGCAAAAUAUCUUUAAUGAACUCUCUUCCAUCAGAUUGUAGUAUUCAAAUCCUCAAAUUUCGUUUCUUUUCCAUUUUUAUGCAGAAUACGAAAUUACAUUUGUAAAUGUUUUCAGCCAUUAACAGGUUGAAUCAAGUCAGAGAGAUUUUGUGACGUGAUAAUUUCUGCACAAUGAUAAAAUGGCACAAAGACUUCAAUUUAAUUUUUUUUUUUGACUGAGUAUUGCUUAUUUUUUGGGUUUUAAGUCGUUAUUGAAAUUGAAUCAGCUUCAUAAUGUAGAUACAACAUUUUAAGUCGUGGAAAGGUAAUUUUUAAUAGUUAAUUUAACUGAAGAGCUUUUUUAAUUUUAUAAUUUUUCGAGAAAUUACAAUUUCGUACGGCGCACGUUACGAUUUCUAUAAUGAGAAGCCUAACAGUGUAAAUACAGCGUUUAUUUUUUCAAUUUUCCUUUAGAAAUUGCAGUAUUAGUAUGAGGAUGCAGAAGAAAGAGUGAGAGGAAUUUUCAUUUUGGUAUCUUUAAUGAUCCUAGAAAUGAUUCACGCUUAGAAUAAACUAAUUUUUAAUCAUUAAUCCAAUGAAAAAAGUAUUUUAAUCCUAAAAUAAAGAUAAAAUCGGCCAGAUUUUAUUAUUUUAAUAAU